AUGCAUUUAAGAAUACACACGGGAGAGAAGCCUUAUGAAUGUGAACAUUGCGGAAAAAAGUUUAACCGAAAUGGUAAUUUAAAAGUACAUUUGAGGGUUCACACUGGUGAAAAACCUUAUGAAUGUGAACAGUGUGGAAAGAAAUUUAGGGGAAGUGGUCAUUUGAAAUCACAUUUGAAGACGCAUAGAAAGAGAGUUCAGAAAAAUGCUGUGAAGGUACACGUAGAAAAGAAAGUUUAUGAAUGUGAACAUUGCGGAAAGAAGUUUUACCAAAAAUGUAAUAUAAAAGUGCAUUUGAGAAUUCACACCGGGGAAGCACCUUAUGAGUGUGAACGUUGUGGAAUGAGAUUUAAACAAAGUUGUAAUUUGAAAAAACAUUUGGAGACGCAUAAAAAGAGAGAUCAGAAAAGUUUUAAUUGGAAAAAUUAUCUGACAGCACACAAACAGGGGACAUCUUAUGAAUGUGAACAUUGUGGAAAGAAGUUUAGGCAAAGUAGUGAUUUGAAAAAACACUUGAGAAUUCACACCGGGGAGAAGCCUUUUGUAUGUGAACAUUGUGGAAGGAAGUUUAGGUUAAAUGCUCAAUUAAAAACGCAUUUGAGGACUCACACUGGGGAGACACCUUAUGAAUGUGAACAGUGUGGAAAGAAAUUUAGGCAAAGCUGUAAUUUGAAAAAACAUUUGAAGAUGCAUAGAAACUACGAAUGUAUACAGUGUAGGUUGAAGUUUAGGACAAGUCAUAAGUUGGAAAAUCAUACAAUGCUACACUCAAAAAAGAUAUCUUAUAAAUGUGAAAAAUGUGGGAACAAGUUUAAGUUUAAAAGUUAUUUGAAAUCACAUAUUUGUACAGUAGAUAAAGGAGGGAUGCCUUAUGAAUGUGAACACUGUGGACGGAAGUUUAAGUUUAAAAGUUAUUUGAAAAUUCAUUUAAGAAUCCAUGCCGGAAAGAAGCCUUGUGAAUGUGAACAUUGUGGAAAG